CCACGGCCGUUUUGUAGCAGGAACGGCAGCUAGUCCGACAUUCAGGGAAGAUGGCGACGAGAGUCCUUCAGAGCCUGGGAAACGGCCUGAACCGGGCGAAAAAUGGGGUUCGGCCGAAACAGCAAGUGGCAUUAACUCUCAGGAGUCUGUCUGCAUCCUCAAACUUAAACCGUGAAGACAGCUGGUUCAAAUCUCUCUUUGUCCGAAAGGUCGACCCCAGAAAAGAUGCCCACUCUCACCUCCUGGCCAAGAAAGAAGACAACAACCUCUACAAAAUCCAGUUUCACAAUGUCAAGCCAGAGUGCCUUGAUGAUUAUAACAAACUUUGUGAAGAUGUCUUGCCAAAUAUCCAUGCGGACCCGGAGUACCCCUGUGAGCUGGUGGGCACCUGGAACACAUGGUAUGGAGAGCAGGACCAAGCAGUGCAUCUGUGGCGAUACAGAGGAGGCUACCCUGCCUUGACUAAAGUCAUGAACAAACUCAGGAUGAAUAAGGAGUUCAUGGAGUACAGAGAUAAGCGAGGGAAGAUGCUGCUGUCCCGUAGAAACCAGCUACUUCUGGAGUUCAGCUUUUGGAACGAGCCUGUGCCAAGACCUGGACCCAACGUCUAUGAGCUGAGAUCCUACCAGCUCAGGCCUGGAACCAUGAUUGAGUGGGGAAAUUACUGGGCUCGGGCUAUUGAGUUGCGUCAGCAGAACAACGAGGCUGUUGGAGGUUUCUUUUCUCAGAUUGGAAGCUUGUACAUGGUACAUCACCUCUGGGCAUACAAAGACUUGCAGUCAAGGGAGGAAACUAGAAAUGCAGCCUGGCAGCAUGAAGGCUGGGAUGAAGCUGUCUACUACACAGUUCCUCUGAUUCAGCACAUGGAAUCAAGAAUAAUGAUUCCGAUGAAGACUUCGCCUCUGAAGUAGCCUCCUGUGAUGACCCUGACAGAAACCCACUAACCAGAAGGAUUUUAUGAUUCCAACCAAAUGUCAGUCAGAUUUUGCACUGCCAUGGAUUUCUGCUCAGUUUCGAUAAUUAGGGUUUAGGAUUCUGGGUUUUGGUCGUUCAUGUUUUUUUUUGGUUGUUUUUUUUUCCCUUUAGGCUCAAUCCACUUUGCCCAUUCCCAUAUGUUCAGUGGUCAUAUCUGUGUUAAAUUUUUAUCAGAACCUCUUAAUUAAUGAACAAAUGUCAAAAACAACACAGCUGAACACACUCUGUCAGACCACUAUACACUAAAACUUCAACGGGUUACACCAGGACUUCAGAGAGUUCUCUCAUAAUGUGGACCGCGUUAGAGCGUGAGAGCUUGUUUUCAGCUUUUUACAGCCAUCGUGGCAUGAAAGAGCGAUGGUGGUGUUUUCAUCAAACCCCCUGAAAGGAUGUUUUAAGCCUCACUUCAUUUUUGGGCUGUUCAAGUUUCCAUAGGCAUGACUUUUUCCCCACAUUUCUUAAAGGGGUUUGGUAGCAGGAUCAUUGCUGUCUUUGAUUUGUGUGUUCCAAACAUAUUCCAGCAUGUUAAUCAAUUAUCCAGAGGCUGAUUUUGUUUUCUUGAUGUAUUUAGCUUGAACAGAUCGACACUGAUUGACAGGCAUGCAGUUUAGCUUAAAAAAACAUCCUGAUUUUGGUUUUUGUUAUCUGCACAUUUACGGUAGUACAAUUUUAUGACAGUAACAAAGGGAGUUGUAAAUGACCUGAAACCCCAUGGCUAGGUGAAAUUAGCCCAGCUAGUGCAAAGCUUGUAUGUAUAAAUCAGUUGUGCCAUUAGCCUUGCAGUCUUAUUGUAUGGUUCAUAAAAAACCAAUAAUACGGUUAGGAGUCCUGAACUAGCGCACAAACAGACUGACUCUGGUCUGAGUAUAUGGUGAGGAUCGAUUUUUGUAUCAUUCAGUCACAAAUUGUGUACAUUUUAAGUAAAAGACUCAAAACAUGUUGCUGAAUGCUUAUUUGAGUGGUGGAUGGCUAAAAUGCAUUUAUAUUUGAGCUCCCUUCUAACAAGAAGAGCAAAAAUGGUUGAGAUGCCUCUUUACUAAAUCCAACUCAGUUUUAAUCUUGUCUUUGAUUUGCAUCUGUGUUGAUUUCUUGUCUUUGACUAGAUUACAGAUAUGCUCGUGUAUCAAACUGUAGUGCGUGUUCUCUUUUAAUCCAGCGACAGACCUCUCAGUGCUGAUUGUCUGAUCAUGUUGUCCUUGAACAAACGCUCUCUAUUUAUCACAAGGGUUAGAAACUUUAUCACUUUGAAAAGGACACCAAACUGGCAAAACUUGCAGUUUGUAGGCCUGCUCAGCCAUACUAUGAGGUUUUGUGGGAAAACUGAAUAAUGAACACUUGCUUAGUGUUUAAUAUGGUUUUAUUUAACAUCCAAUGCUUUGAAAAGAUUAGAUGUACAUACUGAAUUAAAUUUAUGAUUGAACUACAA